GAAACAAAUCAGUAAAUAAAUGAAAUAUAUAUAGAUCUAAAUAUGGAGACUAAUUAAAGUUAUACGGGACGAGUAAAGUGGUCUAAAAAAUAAAGUAUUUAUCCAUCUUUCAUUUGCAUGUAAUAGCGACUCAAAUUGUCCAAGGUGCUGAAAUGGAGCCUAAAGCGGAAGCGUAGGGUUGUGUCUUGAAAGUAGACGUGCAAUGUCGUGAAUGUAAAGUGAAGUUCAUGGAAGUGCUCAGUUCAAUUUCUGGGGUAUAUUCUGUGAACAUUGAUGCGGAACAAGGGCUUGCAACAGUGGUGGGUGAAGUGGAACCAAACGCCUUGUUAAGAGCACUAUCAAAAUCAGGAGAACACGCAGAGUUGGUCCGAGUAACCUUAAAGGACCCCAGAAUGAACAGAUAUUCCAACUAUGAAGCAUCAUAUGCUUAUAAUAAGUCAUAUGACAAUGGCAACUACAACGCUUAUGGUUACAAUGCUAUUGGGGACUCCAACAUUAGAGCAUCUUCAAAAUACCAAACGGACGCAAGGGGAUUGCCGGGAUAUGAUUAUAGUCGGGAAGCCAACCAUUUUGGAGGGAGUUAUUUGCCACCGGCACAAUACGCGCCGUCGUAUCCGAUGCAGCAGGUCGUUGAGUAUGAAGAUGCAAAUUCUUCAGUUCCUCUUUGCUCCAUCAUGUGAUUUAUUUGUUCAAUCUGUUUGUUGUUUAAUUAAUUUCUAGUAUAGUUGAAAUGGAUAGUAAAGUUAUGCUGUAAGAAUGUCAUUUUCUGCUUUCUGGUUUUGAUCAACUUUUAAACCUGAUCAAAGACGAGCAUUUAACUAUCAUCACGCUGUUAGUUGCAAAGGCAAAUAAAGAUCAUUUAACUAUUUCG